AUGAAAGACAAUUCAAAUUCAAGCAGGAACAGAACCAACACUCCACCUCUUCAACAGAUCCGAACCGACAUAGGUUCCUUAUACUCCGCCGAUCUUACUUCUUACAAGACAGCCUGCAGAGAAGAUCCAGAUUUACGAUCCUUCGAUUCCUCAGCCAUUACAAAUGGCAUUGCAGAGUUUCUCAUACCUGUGGGACUUCUCUUACUCCCAAUCGUUCCCUCGUUUCGGCCGGUUUCUCCACCAGGAACGGAGGCGAAUCACAAGGUUAAUGGAUCUCCCGUCCGUGUCGCUCUGUUCGUCGGCCUGAUCUUGUUAUUGCUCUACCAUCGGUUCUCCAUUCGGCGGAUGACUGAGGCGGCGGAGAUCUAG